AUGUAUGACCGGCACGAAGGCGCUUCGGAGAAGCUUGGAGUCUGUCGAGGGACUGUUCAGUAUGUCUCUUUUGUUCCAGAUACGGUUGGCUUGGACCUGUCGAAGGCUUGGGGUCUAAACCCACGAUGGAAAAUUUUGGCCCUGGCAGUGGAUGCUGGGCAUGGCUGUUCCGAUGGUUUUGUCCGCAUGCGUCCGCAUCCCGGCAAACGUAUGAACUCACUGGACUCCUUCCUAUUUAUCCUUAUCCUUGUGACUCCAUUUUCCCCGUCUAUUGUCCGACAUUUUGUCUCUCCGUAUCUUCUCCCAUUAGAGCCGCACUUCGAAUCCCCACGAUAA